AUGCAGGGAAUGGGAACAAAGAAAGCUCCGGCUCCACUGACCCUCCAUUCCGUACCGAAUUUUCCUGACAAAGAAAUCUAUGAAGCAAGAACCUCGGGGAAGGCGAUCCUUAAGUCCCGAGAAUCAGAGUUCAGCUCAUCUCCCGUCUUUUCCAGCUAUGGCUGGUACCAGAGUUUGCCGGGUCUCGGGGAGGCGCAGGCCGGCAAGAGAAAGUGA